UUCCCGCUAACUAUUCUAAAAUUUAUGUAGGUUAGUAAAGAAGAACAGUGGAUGUGAAAGUAACUAUUUUAUCUUGAGAAGUGUAGAUAAAGUACUGGAACAUUUAUUAAGAUGGAAGACAGUGGGUCACCAUUGGGUCCAAGGCUGAAACGUCUGAAAACAGAUAAAAAGGGCCGUUUGGCUGCCCUGGAGAAGCUGAAACAGCUGAAGGGUAGUAAGCACAAAUAUGAAAUAUCGGGAGUUGUUAAUGUGUAUGAUGAAGUGGAUGAGAGGGAGUAUACAAAGAAAGUUCUUGAAAGGCAAGAUGAUGAUUGGAUUGUUGAUGAUGAUGGCUGUGGGUAUGUGGAAGAUGGACGUGAGAUAUUUGACGAUGACCUGGAUGAUGACUCCAUCAUAUCUGCCACAUCACGGAAUAAGAGAGAAAGAGUUGGAUCAAAGAAAGGGAAGCGUGGAAAGGAGUGUGAUCAGAUGUCUGGUGGCAAGUGUGGCAGCAUCAGAAGCUUGCUUAUGAACAUGCCAGCCAAGAAGAGGAAAGAGGCACCUGUGAAACUAGAUGAAGAUGCCAUUCUGGGAGAUAUCAUGGAGGAGCUGAACAAUGGUGAUAUUGGUUCGAAUGUGAUAAGACCUACUGCCCCUCAUUCUGAAAGGAAGAUAAGAACAUUGACUCCAGUCCUGCCUGUAGAUUUGGAAGCCAGGAGCUAUAUCCAGUCACUGACUGGCCCUCCAAAGUUGACUGUGAACUCUGUGAUUCCAAAGGCAGUGGCAAGAACUCAGAUUGAAGCUGUAGACAAUGAAGAGAAAAUCAAGAGAAAGAAUAUGUUGCCAGAGGAUCAUGAUUCAGAUGACAUGUUUGUAAUUAAUACUCCUUCAAAUGAUGAUACCAACCCUGUAACAUCAGAAAUAAUUGCUGAAUUUGACUGCAAUGAUAUAGUUUUUGAUGAAGCUGUCAUUAAAGAGGUGGAACUGGAGUGCCAGAAAACUGAGAACUUGAAGGAAAAUGUAGUUAAUGGAAGCCUAUUGCAGCCACCAUCAACCACACGUGCUGUCACUGGCCCAGUGAAAGUGGGACCGGAAGCAGAUAAGAGAUUUUCAGCUGUGUGGGAUACCAUGGCAACUGCAGGUGUUAUUGGUUGUAGCAGCAGCAGUAGUACCAAUGGUACAACAGAUGUGAAACUUGACUUGACACAAUUGCCACUUGUUUCUACAGAGUCUGGUGAGAAGGUGCUAAGAAUCUUCUGGUGGGAUGCAUAUGAAGAAGGGUUCAAGCAGCCUGGUGUGGUAUACCUGUUUGGGAAAGUGUGGAUUGAGUCAGCAAAAACUCACGUCAGCUGCUGUGUUGCUGUGAAGAAUAUCCAGAGAAGACUGUACCUGCUACCACGUGAAAAGCAUUAUAACAUGCAGACCAAGACAUCACUGGAUGAAGAUGUGACCAUUAUGGACGUGUACAAAGAAUUCAAUGAAAAGAUAGCAGAACGCUACAAGAUCUUGGAGUUUAAGUCACGUAAAGUUGAACGAAACUAUGCUUUUAGCAUCCCUGAUAUCCCUGUGAAGUCUGAGUACUUGGAGAUCAUGUAUCCAGCCACCCAGCCAAUGUUGCCGUCUGAUCUACAAGGUGAAACAUUCAGUCAUGUGUUUGGUACGAACACAAGUGCUCUGGAGCAGCUUCUAUUGGACCGGAAGAUGAAAGGUCCCUGUUGGCUUGAUGUUAAAGGUGCUCAGGCAGUCACCAAUCCUGUCAGCUGGUGCAAAGUUGAGAACAUGUUGCCUUCUCCUUCCCCUCCACCACUUGUGGUGAUGACAUUGAACAUGCGCACAGUGCUCCAUCCUACGAGUGGUCACAAUGAGAUAGUCAUGAUUGGUUGCCUGGUUCAUAAUGGCUUCCAUGUGGACAGAGCACCUCCUCAACCUCCAUUCCAGCAGCACUUCUGUGCCAUCACUCGACCAUCAGACAUAGCUUGGCCAUUUGACUUCACUGCUGCAUCAACACAUUACUCAUCAACAAAGUUAGAGAAGGUGGACACUGAACGCGCACUGUUGGGGUUCUUUCUGGCAAAACUAUACAAGUUUGACCCUGACCUGAUUAUAUUAUGCUCUGGUACUCGACCAUCGGACGUAGCUCGGCCAUUUGACUCCACUGCUGCAUCAACGAAGUUAGAGAAGGUGGACACUGAACGCGCACUCUUGGGGUUCUUUCUGGCAAAACUACACAAGUUUGACCCUGACCUGAAUGUGGGCCAUGAUUUGUAUGACUAUGGGUUGGAACUCCUUGUGCAUCGCAUGAAUAUUAACAAGAUCCCACAGUGGUCCAAACUUGGUAGACUGCGCAGAGCUAAUAUACAGAGUGGAAAGGGACGCACAUUUCAUUUUGAGAAGAAUGUGAUGUGUGGGCGUCUAGUUUGUGAUGUGAAAGUAUCUGCUAAGGAGCUGAUAAAGUCUCGAAGCUAUGAUCUGGGAGCACUUUGUCAGAAUGUUCUGCAUGUGAAAGAAGAUGAAAGAGUCGAUGUGACAACUGAUGAAGUGAAACGAUUUUAUGGUUCAUCUCAGUCACUUCUACAAAUCAUCUCGUGCACCAUGCAGGAUACUGCUUAUAUUGUUCGACUCCUGUGCGAGCUGAAUGUGUUGCCUCUUGCUUUGCAGAUCACAAACAUAGCAGGCAAUGUUAUGUCAAGGACACUGAUGGGUGGACGCUCAGAACGGAAUGAAUUCUUACUGCUGCAUGCAUUCACAGAGAAGAACUUCAUUGUACCUGACAAGCAAUAUGGAAAGAAAUCUGUUCAGAACAUGGAUGAGUUUGACAUGGAUGAUACAUUGAAUGGGCGGCACCAGAAGAAAGGCAGAUCUGGGAAGAGGAAGCCUGCAUACAUGGGAGGUCUUGUUCUGGAGCCUCAGAUAGGGUUCUAUGACAAGCUCAUCCUGCUUAUGGAUUUCAAUUCGCUGUACCCCAGCAUUAUACAAGAAUAUAACAUCUGUUUUACCACAGUGAACCUUGGUGUGACCCCAGCCAGUAAUGAAAAUGAGGAAGAAAUACAAGUAGAGCUGCCAAGUCCUGGGCUGGAAGCUGGGAUCCUUCCAACAGAAAUCCGUAAGUUAGUUGAAAGUCGGUGUGAGGUCAAGAAGUUGAUGAAGAAUCCUGACCUUACCCCAGAUGUGAAAAUGCAGUAUAACAUUCGUCAGAUGGCAUUGAAGUUAACAGCCAACAGCAUGUAUGGCUGUCUGGGGUUUUCACACUCUCGGUUCUAUGCUAAGCCACUUGCAGCGCUGGUCACAGCUAAAGGCCGGGAGAUUUUGAUGAACACCAAGGAUCUUAUGGAGAAAAUGAACUUCCAGGUUAUUUAUGGAGAUACAGACUCUAUCAUGAUCAACACAAACUGUUUGGAUUAUGACCAGGUCAUCAGGAUAGGCCACAAAAUCAAGGCAGAAGUGAACAAGCUAUAUCGGCAAGUGGAACUUGACAUUGAUGGUGUCUUCAAGUACAUGUUGCUACUGAAGAAGAAAAAGUAUGCGGCUGUUACAAUAUCUAGGCUUCCUAGUGGAGAGCUCAUCACACAGCAAGAACUGAAGGGCCUGGAUGUUGUACGUCGAGACUGGUCACAGCUGUCUGCUGAAGCUGGCAAGUACAUUCUACAGCAGAUCCUGUCAGAUCAAGAAGCUGAUGAGCGACUCUCACAAAUCCAUGGGCAUCUGGAGAGACUGAGAAUGGACUUGGAAGCUGGCCAAGUGCCUCUGACAUUGCUUACAAUCACAAAGCAGCUCACCAAGAAUCCAGAGGAGUAUGCAGACAAGAAGAGUUUGCCCCAUGUACAGGUGGCAUUAAGACUUAAUCAGCAUGGUGGACGGAAAUUGAAACAAGGUGACACUGUCACUUACAUCAUAUGUGAGGAUGGAAGUAACCUUGGACCCACACAGAGGGCUUAUCAUGUGGAAGAGCUGAAAACUAAUGAAAACUUGAAGGUUGAUGUGAAGUACUACCUUUCACAGCAGAUUCAUCCUGUUGUGUCACGGCUGUGCGACCCUAUUGAAGGCACUGAUGCUGCUCGCAUUGCUGAAUGCCUUGGUCUGGAUCCAAGCAACUACUGCCGUGUACAGCGAGGUUCUGCAAAUGAAGAAAUGAGUAUUGGUGAGAAACUCAUUCCUUCAGAUGAGGAAAGGUUCCGCCACUGUGAAAAGUUCAAGUUUAUAUGCAAGAAUGAAUCUUGCAAGGCAGAAAUUGUUAUGGAUGGUCCUGUCAAGAAAAUUGACAAUAAAUGUAUGCACUUUUCACUGGAAAAAUGUUCAAAUCCACAAUGCACUGUUAGUCCAGUCCAGUAUUUGGCCAGUGUUCAGAACAGCCUCACAAUAGCCACACAGAACUUCAUCCAUCAUUACUACAAGAACUGGCUGGUAUGCGAGGACCCAGCUUGUACCAACCGCACACGGAGGGUCCCAACAGAUCUGAGAGGGAACUAUCCACAUUGUAAUUUAUGCAAGUCUGCUAUAAUGUAUAAAGAGUACACUGAAUAUGAGCUGUACACACAACUCAGUUUCUUUCAGCACAUCUUUGAUCUCUCCAAGGUGACAGACAAACGUCCAGGCACCUUAGAGCUGGAAAAGGCUUAUGACAAGCUGCGAGAGCAGGCGGAGCGAUCUCUACGAAAUAAUGCCUACAGUGUUGUGAAUUUGGGCAGCCUGUUCCAACCUCUCCUAUGGGACAGUAAAGCUGAAAACUGCAGUGGGAAGAGCUGAGGAACUUCUGUAAGUUUGUGGCAAAUAUAAUUGUAUGUUAUGUAAGUUAUGUCUGUUUAGGCAGUACAUAUGAAUUCCUAUAUUCAUAAAUUUUAGUGAAUGGCUGUCACACUAGAUUCAACUGCAUUUUUUUUCUUUGAAAAGUACACAGUCUAAAAUAAGUUCAAAAUGGAAAUCAGCAUGGCUUCAUUGCAAAUAUUUGAUCUUGAGAAACCAGGUAAGUAUGAUUUCAACUUUGGGCCCAUGAAGAGAUUUAAAACAUUGUUUAGAAUUUGAGAUUUUUUAAAUCUGGUGUUGUAUACCUCUCCUUGCUGUUGUUGUGUCAUAGAAUAUUUUAAUGGAACAAAUCCACACUGAAUAUGCAAUAAGAAAAAUUUCAGUGGUGAUAAAUACUGAGUUAACCAUGUACAUUCUUUUAAGAUUUCGCACAGUGCAACAUAUUCACACACAGAGCUUUGACAAAUGUGUUGUGUUAAUAGCAAGUCAAAAGUAGAUAUUUCCUAGUUUCAUGGGAAAGUGUUGUAAGGAAAUAGGUGAAAGGGUUAUCAAGUUUUGUUCCAGCCUUUGGGUUCCUUUCUUUCUGCAUUGCAUGAAGAAACUUCAUAUUGUGCUGAUGACAAAUUAAUUGUCUUCAUGAACAUGGCAAUGGAAAUUUUUUGCUUAAGGAUUGGAGCCUUAAACAUUGCAUAGGAUGUCACUGUGUUACAUUUUCAUCUAAUUAAAUGAACAUAUGAAAAUAAGAACAAAUCUUUGCAUUUAUUAAAAUGUGCAUUACAGAAUUGUGUAUCACAGUCAUUGUUUUUCAGAUUGACAUUAUGAGUAAAGAAGAAUCAAUUCAUGUUCGUAUUGCUUAACAUUUAUAGCUCUUAAAUUCUUCAUAGAUUAUUUUGUGUGGCAAAGCAAUGUUCUCAUGUGCUGAACUUCUCCAUGUAAAUAAUGGAGGA